AUGGGCAGUAAGAAAUAUCCGUACAAAGGAGUUUUGGACGUUAUUGCCAACCGCUGCUUGGCCAGCGGCACAAAUGCGUGGACAGACCAAGACCACACAGCGUAUACGUUAAGCACAGCAUCCCAGUUCGCUACCGAAGUCCAUCAUAUCAACGGGAAAGGUGAAGAUGCUGGUGUAGUCUACAGUGAAAUGCAAGAUCAUGAAUCGGAAAUGUCAUGCAUAAUGGAUAGGCGGAAAGAAGAAGGAAGUUUUUGUACCCUCCAAACAACUCAUAUCGUGUCGACACGGGUGGACGGUUACCGAGCCUUAGGACGACGUGAGCACUUAGCCGAAGUACCGGCGUCGUUUCAAAGACCAUUCGUUUCACUCCAUCUGAAGCCAAUGGCCGAAUCGAGCGAACAUCGCGUCGUGUGCCCAAGCGAUGACGAAUCUCGCGGAAGUGUUGAGAUCAGUUGGUUCAUGGAAAAAGUUGUGAAGGAACAUUUGGAAGACAAGACUUGGGACAUGGAACGAAUGGGUUUUCUCAUUGGGCAAUCAGUGAAGAAUGAAUUAAAAAAGCUAGAGCUAAUUCGCCGUCUACGGUCAGAGCCAGCUUCGUUUUGGUCUGGCCUUGUAAAGAAAUACUUCACUAGCCCUCAUGUGGUUGUAGUCGGCGUUCCAAGUGAAAAGAUGGUUGAACAGGUGGCCAAGGAAGAAAAAACUCGCUUGGAUAAGCAGCGUAAAGAACUCGGAAAGGAUGGAAUUAAGGAGUGUGGAGAGAAAAUUCAAGCGGCCAUAAAAGAAAACACCGCCAAAAAGCCGAGCGCUGAAGUAUUGAACGAGUUGAUUGUGAGAAAGUUGGAAGAAUUCGAUCGAUUCCCCGUGGAUAUGAAGAGUAACAGGGGCGGCUCGCCGUCAUCGCAGCCGAUCGCCAAGUUCCUGGAUCAGUUCCCUUUCCCAGCAACAGUUCGUAAAUUGUCCCCAACGAAGUUCGUCGAGUUGUUCUUCUUGUUCGACACGAGCGUUUUGACGGUUGAACAGCGGGCUAUGUUGGAUGUUUACACCGAGCUUUUAUUCGAAUCUCCAGCUAAAAUCAACGGAGUGGUAAAGAGCGCUGAAGAAGUGUCCAAACUGUACACGAAGGAUCUGGUCGAUCACUCGAUCUAUGUGGGUGUCUCUGGCAAUUUCGAGAAGUUUGGUCACCGCCCAACCGACUUCCAAGAGAAGGUAGCUUUCGAUGUUCUGUUUGACUAUAUGUCGAAUACUCCUGUAUCUCCGUUACAACGAGAAUUCGUCCUCAUUGAGAAACCAUUGGCUAGUCAAGUCAGCUUCCACGUUACUGAACAGACCACAUGCCUAAUUCAACUCUCAUUUUCCGGUGUGCCGACAAAGCGCUUAGAUGAUGUCAGCAAAAAGUUCAUGGAAAAAGUUGUGAAGGAACAUUUGGAAGACAAGACUUGGGACAUGGAACGAAUGGAUGGAAAAACAUCCUGCAACCAAUUGUUUGGUCAUAUGAUCGGACAUCAGCUAUACGAUGAAAAUGAGGAUCAACUAAAAACGCGGAUGGAUGAGAAAUACUUCACUAGCCCUCAUGUGGUUGUAGUCGGCGUUCCAAGUGAAAAGAUGGUUGAACAGGUGGCCAAGGAAGAAAAAACUCGCUUGGAUAAGCAGCGUAAAGAACUCGGAAAGGAUGGAAUUAAGGAGUGUGGAGAGAAAAUUCAAGCGGCCAUAAAAGAAAACACCGCCAAAAAGCCGAGCGCUGAAGUAUUGAACGAGUUGAUUGUGAGAAAGUUGGAAGAAUUCGAUCGAUUCCCCGUGGAUAUGAAGAGUAACAGAGGCGGUUCGCCGUCAUCGCAGCCGAUCGCCAAGUUCCUGGAUCAGUUCCCUUUCCCGGCGACAGUUCACAAUUGUCCAACGAAGUUCGUCGAGUUGUUCUUCCUGUUCGACACGAGCGUUUUGACGGUUGAACAGCGGGCUAUGUUAGGAUCUAAAAUCAACGGAGUGGUAAAGAGCGCUGAAGAAGUGUCCAAACUGUACACGAAGGAUCUGGUCGAUCACUCGAUCUAUGUGGGUGUCUCUGGCAAUUUCGAGAAGUUACUGCAUCUAAGAAUUGUGGUGGAUGCGGAAACUGGCUUCCCAAAUUUAGCCAAAUGGGCCGAAAUCUUCACAGUUGGUGUCAUGUUUGACAUCCAACGUGUGAAGCAAUGCGCAAAGAAGCUAGCAAGUGAUGCACGUGAAAAGAAACGUGAUGGUUGUGCUGUUGCUAACAGCGCUCUCAGCACACUGAUUUACCAUCCCAACACUAAUGGUUACAUGUAUGACGAGCUGAUCGCUUGGAAGUUUCAAACGAGAAUUUGCGAAAGGAUUCUCCGCUUGGCCCUGUUCUCGCAUGGCGUUAAUGCUCAUUUGGUAUGCAAUGUGGAUCUUAUUGACAGCAAGCAGUUCGAUCCAAUUCAAUGGAGCUUUGCGGAGCGGUUUUAUGGCAAUGCUGAAAAAUUCAAGGCGAAAGCCGGCGAGUCGAUCGAUACUGCAUUCGUGGGAAGACAGAAAGUGAUAAGUGUGGGUGGAUCGGAGUCUUCAUUCAUUUACCAACUAUGUAUGAUGGACUGCGAUUGGAUGAGCGAUGAGCUUGUACCAACAAUGCUGUUUACACAGUAUUUAAGUCAGUGUGAAGCGAGCAUGGUAAUGAACUCUGGAUCGGAUCCCUCAGGCCAGCCAUGUCUUCCAUCAAGGGCAAGCCAGACCCGAGAAAUCCCAAAGCGCGCGAGCUACAAAUCGUGUUUGCUGGAAUCGAGAGCGGAAUUCUGGGGUGGUAAAAAGAUUCGCUGGAAGUAUGCUCGAGCCAUAACAGUGCAUCCGUCGAAGAUUGCCGAGGUGAAGAGCGCAUUCCCAGGCAUCGAGGAAGCCACCGUUGCGUCUCUCAACUAUGUGCCACCUGCAUCG